AUGUUAGAUGAAAUUCAUAGACAAGAACGUGAAGAGCUAGAGAACAAGCUUGAAGCAAAAGACAAAAGCAUUCAGAAAAGAAUACCACGUUCGGUACCAAAAGGAAAGGAAAAGAACUAUAAGUAUAUGAUUUAUACUGAAGAGAUGGAAAAUGAAGAAGACAGAGAUAUGGUUAUGUUGCAUUUAGUCAGAAGAAACAACAAAAGCUUUUACGACCUUGCUAAGAUUUACAAAUCUGACAGAAAUUGGUUCUAUCGCGAAAACUUACCGAUUUCAAUGACACCGAAUGAAGAUGUGAAACAAAUAGUUCAAGAUACGUUACCUCAAACACACUAUGAUAUUAAAGGUUGUACAAUACUUACCUUCAAAGAAGAUUUGCCAUUGUUAAAGGAAAAAAUAACAGAGUAUUUUGACAACUUCAAACAAGUAGGGUAG